CAGUAGCUGCCGAGACCCACCAACUGUACCGCAUGUUCCUGAAACUGAAAGCUAUCGCUAACAAACAUUAUAGAAGCUGUUGGCCAGAAUUAUGUAGUUUGUCAUUGAACAUGAUGUGCAGUUUGUUAGAAGGAGUUAGUAUAAACAGAUGACACUGGCCAGUAUGCGUAAAGUAAUUGCGUGUGUUGGACCUGUUGUAGGUCAUGUUUAUCUCAGGGUAUUGUGACGGCCCUACUUGAAAUGAACUCGGAGACUCAGCGAUUUGUUGGCUUCUAUCCGACGCAUCGAUGACUCAAGGCGGUAUAGCCGCAGAAGCAUGCUCUUCCGUUGGAUGUUUGUGUGCCUGCUACGGAGGCAAACGCAUGCCGUACUUUAAGAAGAAUGCCGUUGUUUCUCAGACCCAGCUUUAUCAAUUUAUCAGCGAGAGCUUCCUGACAGUGAAAGGUGCUGCCCUCUUUCUCCCAAGAGGCAAUGGCUCCCCUUCGUCCUCCCGUUUGCCUGCCCAGCGGAACAAACAUGCAGGUGACCUCCAGCAACACCUCCAGAAUAUGUUUACCCUGCUGCGCCCUGAGGACAACAUUAAACUGGCGGUGCGGCUGGAGAGUUUCCACCCCCAGUGUACACGUUACAUGGUGGUGGUGUCCACCAACGGCAGACAGGACACAGAGGAGAGCGUAGUUCUGGGCAUGGACUUCAGCCCUGCUGAUGGUUCCUGUUCGAUUGGCAUGGUUCUCCCACUUUGGAGCGACACACUGAUCCAUUUGGAUGGAGAUGGGGGCUUCAGUGUGUCUACAGACAACAAAAUCCACGUGUUCAAGCCCGUGUCUGUCCAGGCCAUGUGGUCAGCUCUGCAGUCCCUCCACAAGGCCUGUGAGGCUGCCCGGGGUCAUAACUACUUUCCGGGCAGCCUCUUCCUGACGUGGGUCAGCUACUACCAGAGCCGCGUCGCGUCGGACCAGACACGCGUCAACGAGUGGAACGCCAUGCAGGACGUGCAGUCCACCCGGCCGGACUCCCCUCUGCUCUUCUCUGACGUACCGACGGAACGUGAGAGGACAGAGCGGCUCAUUAAGACUCGCUUACGGGAGAUCAUGAUGCAGAAAGACCUGGAGAACGUCACAUCUAAAGAGAUCCGCACGGAGCUGGAGAUGCACAUGACUUGUAACCUGCGGGAGUUUAAGGAGUACAUCGACAACGAGAUGAUCGUCAUCCUGGGUCAGAUGGACAGCCCCACUGAGAUCUUUGACCACGUGUUCCUGGGUUCUGAGUGGAACGCCUCCAAUCUAGAGGAACUGCAGAACAGCGGUGUGCAGUACAUCCUCAAUGUGACCAGAGAGAUCGACAACUUCUUCCCGGGCCUGUUUGAGUACCACAACAUCCGUGUGUACGACGAGGAGGCCACGGACCUGUUGGCCUACUGGAAUGACACCUACAAAUUCAUAGCAAGGGCAAAGAAAGCCGGUGCCAAGUGCCUGGUGCACUGUAAGAUGGGCGUGAGCCGGUCGGCAGCGACAGUCAUCGCCUACGCCAUGAAGGAGUACGGCUGGGACCUGGAGCGUGCCUUCCACUAUGUGAAGGAGCGGCGCACCAUCACCAAGCCCAACCCCUCCUUCAUGAGGCAGCUGGAGGAGUAUCAGGGCAUCCUGCUGGCCAGUAAGCAGAGGCACAAUAAGCUCUGGCGCUCCCACUCUGAUGGCAACCUCUCUGAUAACCAUGAGCCACUGGUGAAGCCAGCCCCUGGGCCCUACACGCUGGGCCGUUCCAACCCGCGCAACCAGAGCUGCACCCAGCCCUCGCCCUCCCUCCAGGAGUUCCUCCAGAGCCUCUCCCCAGCCUCCACCAGCACCGUGGCAGCCCAGGACCCGCUGGAGGCUCCCGUCUCCAACGGCUUCUGUGACCCACAGGAAGGGGGCAUGCCUAUCUCCAAGCUUCCUCAGCCGCGGGCGGCCACCGUGGUGCCUGAGGGGAGGCCCGACACAGCUGCGGUGAAUGUGGCAGAGACGGUGCCAGUCGGCCGCCCUCACCCACCACCAGCUCUCCAUCACCUUCCCCCCUCGCCCCUCGCCCCAGAACUUGCUUCUGGACUUUCUGAGGCGUCCUCCACUGUGCCUGAUGGAAACAGCAAUCCUCCCGCACACUUAUCAGUGACCAAGGCCGCAAAGACCUUUGAAUCAAGCACACAAGCCUCUAGAUGUGUCGGGGAAGGCCCCAAGGGUGGGCUGUCUGCACAGGUGCCUGAGAGCAAAAGCAGCCAGAAGUGUAACCCCACAUUCUUCAUUGAUGGGGAGGAAAACGAGGGGAGCGAUGAUGACCACCUCAGUGCCACGUUGGAGCAGAUCACACUCGACGCUAAGCCAACUCUCAGCACAGACCAUAUUGAUUUCUUCAGUGCCCGAGAGAAGUUCCUCGGCUUGUCCCUGGAGGGUCCAGCCUGCUGCCCUUCGGAGCAGAUCCAGCAGCACUCACCCCAGGAGAGGGGCCCAGGGCUGGCAGCUGAGCCACUUGUCCAAGAGGACCCUGGGAACGGGGACCAACAGGCUGAGGAGGUUGGUGUGUCUGUGCACCACAUUAUCACAGAACUGGAGUCCAUAACGCACACUGUAACCCCAGCCCUUAGCACUGCUUGCCAAUCAAACACAUGCUGCUCCAAUGACAAUGAAGAGGCGGGUCUUAAGAAGGCGGAGGAGGAGACGGCAUCAGGAGAGGACCCUCUCCAGCCCGCUGCCCCUUCUGGUGCUGGUGAUCGGCCCGAGGGGACCGUCCGCCGGGCUACCAGGGAGCUGGAGCAGAGACUCCGGCAGGAGCUGGACGUCCCCUCGGCCCCAGUGCUUGCCUCUGCCCCCCACAGUCCCCCUAGACGGUCUCCAGUCCACCUCGUCCCUAAGGACAGAGCGGAGGACAAGCCCCCCAGCCAGGACUCUGACUCAGUCACGCCGCAGGGGCACCCUGCCCAGACACAAGAAGGUACGGAGAAACAGGACGGGAGGGUGGUUGAGGUGAAGGAAGAGAAAGACGGAGGGAAAAAAGCGGGGGUUCCACAAGAUCCUCAAGACUCAAGCACAUCGUCUUCAUCAGAAGCACACAUUCAUGCAGAAAAAACACCCACCAGCACCAGCACCACUCCAAACACUGAGUGCUCCUCUUCAAAGCCCGCCUCCGUCUCAGUCAUUCACCUGGAAGGUGUCACCGAGCAGGAAUCCAGCACUGACAAGGACGGCCUCUUCGGCCCGCGCACCCAGGCAGACCUGCGGGAGGCGUGGGAGAUGCUCAAGGAGCUGGGGGCCUUCCUCUGGCAGGUGCGGAGUGUCCUGGAGUCCAGCAUCGGCCAGUCGUGGCUCCCGGGCAGGAGGGCCAAGAUCCGGGACCCCAGGGAGCGAGCCAAGGAGGUGGAGGCGCGCAUCCGACAGGCUGGGCUCACCCCGCCCUCACUGAUGAAGCGCUCCGCCUCUCUGGCCAAGCUGGGCUCCCUGGAGCUGACCGCCAACGACCUCAGUGAAUGGGAUCUGGAUCCCGCUGCCCUGUCGCCCACCUACUGGACGCUCGGCACACUGCUCACAGACGACGCCUCCAAGAAGAGGGCUUGCCCUCAGCACCAUCCCUCAUCCACCUCUCCCCCUCCUUCCCUCUCCUCAUGUCCCUCCUCCUCCUCCCCCUCUAUCCAUCCCCAGACAAGCACAGAGGACACCCUGAGGAAGGAGGAGACGCGUUGCCAUGACGACGCCACAGUGCCAUCGUCUGCCACUGCCCCGCGGCUGUCCGCUCAUGGGCAGAGCGGUAAGGCGCAGGACUCUGGGCAUACGCCCCAGCCGGUUCCAGCCUUGAUUUCUGUUGCCUCGCGGCAACAGUAUGGAAGGACACACCCCCUGCGCAGGCUUAAGAAAAGAACGGUCAGCUUUUUGUAUCACACUGUGUGACCUUUUGCUGUUUGUGUGUGUGAGUGUUUCUGUGUCGGUGAUAUGUGGGUUUAUUCAGGGCCGUAUCUGAGGUAUGUAACUAUGACUGUAAUGUUAUUAAUUUUAUGUGUGUGUGUGGUUGUGGAGAGAAAAAGAGAGAGCGAGAGAGAGAGAGAAAGAGUGUACAGGUAUGUGAAAAUUUAGUUUGUUAGGGAUUGUGUAUAAAAGGCCUGGGCCAACUCAUAAUGGAAUAACUGCACAUAAGAACUAAGAUAUAUAUAUGUGCAAUAUGUUAUAUCAUACAAAAUACAACUUCAAUUUCAACAACUGAUCCCUUUUGCCUGAUGCUUUAAAGGAGAAUAAAAUGGAAAUGACAGUUGCAUUAUGAAACAGCUGUACUACCAUCGGACAACUCUACUCUUGCGCACAUGCACACGCACACGCAAUCUCACACACACACACACACACACACACACACUAGUCUAGUGUUCCAUGCUAAGGGAUUUUUUUUGUUUGAAAGCUUGCACUUAAAGGCAAAGUGCUCUUGUCUCAUGAUGCAAUUGUCAUUGAAUUCUAUUGAGUAAACAUACAUUUAAUACAUCAAAUUGUUAAGUUAGAGAAUAAGACAUGACAAUGUCCUAAAUGUCAUAAACAUGUGUGGAAGUGUGCACAAAGCAAAGGAUUUAUUUGAUUAAAUGCUUUAUGCCCAGUUAUUACAUUAUGAGAUGCUUUUAAGACUUGGAGACAGAUAUAAGUUUGCAUAUAGAGGCAUGUGUUUAUGGUGUUAGUGUCUCCUGUCCUGUGUAAAAUUGAAUUGUAUUACUGUUGGUAAAAGAUACAUGUUUUCUUUUUAGUGUUUUUAACUGUGACAAUUUUUAAACCAAAUUAUAUUUAUUUUGACAAAUAAAUUUGUGUGUGCGUGAUCUGUAUACUUUUAUGGUGGCUGAAAUAGCAAUUUUUUUGAAGCAAUUGCAAAUUUUACAUAGUUCGUAUUGAGUUAAUUCAAACUGACCCAGCAUCAAAAUAACAGUUGUUGCCUGUUCCUGAUCAUGUCUGUUGUCUGCGACCAAGCAACUGACUGGUAGCACAAUGCAUUCUUGCUCAGAAAUGGAUCCUGGCGCUACCCUGGUGGCAAGGAUUUCAUGACAACCAGAUAGUUUUGUUUAAAUAGCUAUCCGGAUCUUCGUGUCAGGCACUGAAGACAUUAUGAAGUCCCAAAUGAUUCCCGGCGCGUUUUCUCACUGUGACCAUCUGACUUGGAAGAAUAUGCC